GUGGAGUGUAAAUUCCACGAAGUGGUCAAUUUACAAUUGCUACCAAAACAUUGUAACUUUCACAAGAGAAGUAAAGGCUUCCAACACAUCUUCAACUAUGUGAUAUCAUACCAUAGAUUUCCAGCAGUUGAUUUCCAAGCAUUCAAGCAAAAUCUCAUAAACAUAAUUGGAGCAAAAAAAAAAGUCGUAUUCCACAAUAGAUACACUAACCUCUACUGCUUCUUCACAAGAAAUUAAUGCUGCAGCUCAUCACCGCCACCACUGCCGCCAGCAACAGUUUCGUCACUCUUAUCCAUAGCCUUCUUGGCAAGCUCGUAGCCGGCGAAAUUCAUGGCACCAAGAGGGGCAAUCCAGAAGAACCUGGGCACAGCUCCCUUAGCUUGAACAGCCCCAAGACUCCUUCGUGCCGGAUUAUAGAGACUGCCACAAUUGAUGACAAUGAGACUGGACAAAAGGGGUUGGACAUUGUUUUAUCCCAUCGGAGAGUUGUGUUGAUUGUCGACGAUACGCCUACGGUUUGGGCUGAGAAUGACAGGGAGAAUGUCUUGACCAUAUCACCGUAUUUCUUUUUCGGGAAGCAGAAGGGCAGUACUGAGAGUGUUUUCUAUGAUGAGAGCAAAGAACAUGAUGGGGAGCUUGAUAGGGUUCUUGCAGUACUGAGUGAGGUUCACUUUAGGUUUUAUUAUUAUGACAAUUUUGAAGGAGAUUGUGGCAGCAGAGAUGUUGUGAAAGUGCUGGAAAGGGUUCGAACCAUCUCUCCGCUGCUGUUUGAACCUCCAGAGAUCAAAAAGAUCUCUCUUUCUCACUCAAACUCUCUCUUCCUCUCUAGAUCGAUCUCCCAUCUUUCUUUCUUCCCCGCCGGUGAUCAACGUAACACCACACAUUCAUCUUUUCCGCCACAAAAUUUGAACCUGGGAUUCUCGAUCUUUGCCGCCCCAUCCUCUUCGCUACCCAGAAGUUGCACGGCGUGGGUUCCCCAUCGCCGCCUAGAAGCAUCCAAGAGCGGCAUCAUCAUCAAGAUCUGGAUCGGAGCGGGGCGACAAACAACUCCUUCGAUUCCUUCACCGCCACAUGUUUUCUCGUCAUUGCUCGCUCCUCCUUGACCGCCAUAAUGACUUUCUUUGUCGUUAAUUGCGUCACCAGAGCAGUAGAUUAUGGCAGAGAUGGUGGCGCAGUUUUGAUUCAGAUUUCACAAAUAGUAAAUGUCCGUGUUCAAGAAAAUAAAGAUGUUUAGUGUCU